GCUGGGCUUUCUCCGGCCGUCGCCGCCACUGCCGCUGCUUCGCGGGCUAGAGGGCCCGGGUGUCCCCGGGCGAGAGGAGGCUGCGGGUGGGAGCCUUCGCGGGCACUGAGGAGCGGGCCGGGGGAGGCCGGGAUGGAGCCCCCCGGAGUUGACUGAAGCGGGGAAGCCGGGUUCCAGAGUCUCCAGGCGGGACCUCGGGGCGUCCUGGGGCCGCCACGGAUGGUCUGAGGGCAUCGCAAACAUGGCUCACCUCAGGGGAUUUGUCAACCAGCACUCGCGCGUGGACCCCGAGGAGCUCUUCACCAAGCUGGACCGUAUUGGCAAGGGCUCCUUUGGGGAGGUGUACAAGGGCAUUGACAACCGCACCAAGGAGGUGGUGGCCAUCAAAAUCAUCGAUCUGGAGGAGGCCGAGGACGAGAUCGAGGACAUUCAGCAGGAGAUCACCGUGCUCAGCCAGUGUGACAGCCCGUACAUCACCCGCUACUUCGGCUCCUACCUGAAGAGCACGAAGCUGUGGAUCAUCAUGGAGUAUCUGGGCGGCGGUUCUGCGUUGGACCUGCUCAAACCUGGCCCCCUGGAGGAGACCUACAUCGCCACCAUCCUGCGGGAGAUCCUGAAGGGCCUGGACUAUUUGCACUCGGAGCGCAAGAUCCACCGAGACAUCAAAGCUGCCAACGUGCUGCUCUCAGAGCAGGGUGACGUGAAGCUGGCGGACUUUGGGGUGGCAGGGCAGCUCACGGACACGCAGAUCAAGAGGAACACAUUUGUGGGCACCCCUUUCUGGAUGGCACCCGAGGUCAUCAAGCAGUCGGCCUACGACUUCAAGGCUGACAUCUGGUCGCUGGGGAUCACAGCCAUUGAGCUGGCCAAGGGCGAGCCUCCGAACUCUGACCUCCACCCCAUGCGUGUCCUGUUCCUGAUCCCCAAGAACAGCCCGCCCACCCUGGAGGGCCACCAUAGCAAGCCCUUCAAGGAGUUUGUGGAGGCCUGCCUCAACAAAGACCCCCGAUUCCGGCCCACUGCCAAGGAGCUCCUGAAGCACAAGUUCCUCGCGCGCUACACCAAGAAGACCUCCUUCCUCACCGAGCUCAUCGACCGCUACAAGCGCUGGAAGUCAGAGGGGCACGGCGAGGAGUCCAGCUCCGAGGACUCGGACAUUGAUGCAGAUGCUGAGGACGGAGAGCAGGGUCCCAUCUGGACGUUCCCCCCCACCAUCCGGCCAAGCCCGCACAGCAAACUGCACAAGGGGACUGCCCUGCAUGGCCCCCAAAAGUCAGCGGAGCCUGUCAAGAGGCAGCCAAGGUCCCAGUGCCUAUCCACGCUGGUCCGGCCUGUCUUUGGAGAGCUCAAGGAGAAGCACAAGCAGAGCGGCGGGGGCGUGGGGGCGCUGGAGGAGCUGGAGAACGCCUUCAGCCUGGCUGAGGAGUCCUGCCCCGGUAUCUCGGACAAGCUGAUGGCUCACCUGGUGGAGCGGGUGCAGAGGUUUUCGCACAAUAGAAACCAUCUGACGUCCACCCGCUGAAGGGCACUGCUGCUUGAGGAGCAUGGGGAGGAAGGUCUGACUUGGAACCCCUGUGCUGCUGCGACCACCAUCAUCCCUCCCCCCAACCCUGGACUGAGGAGUGGGGACUGUUGGCCUGUCUGCCUCCUCCCCUGCCUGGAGGCCCCAGUGGCCAAGCCAGUUGGUCAUAGAUGGGCCUUGUGGUGUUGAUCAGGUACCGUGUCUCCAAAGUACUCAAGUCAGCCAGAACUGGGGUGUUGGGUUUUUUUUUUUUCUAAAAGAAAAUGAAAUUCCUUGCUUCCCUAAAUGUUCUGAGGUUAAGGUGUUAGUUUUCAUAGAACAUUGAGAGGCUCCUGCCACUUUCAAUAAAGACCCGGAUUGGAGA